AUUGAUGAUGAUCAAAAUUCUCAAAUUCAUCGAUUAAAUUGAUUGAUCGCUAAUCAAACUUAAUGAGAAAAGUUUUGAUGUUUUUUUAGUACAAAAACACGCAUCGAAUCCUUGUUCUUACCUCAAGCAACAACAACAACAACAUAAAGAAAAAAAAUGAUUUCAAAAAUUCUUUUCGCAUUAUCGUUCAUCAUAACAAUUGUUCAUGGCCAUCUAUUGAUUGAAUCAAAUAAUCCAAAUGAUUUCCGUUGGUCAGAUUGUGGUGGCCAAAUUAUUCGUUUUAAUAAAUUGGAUUUCGAACCAAAACCAUUAGUGCUAUCGGAAACAAAAGAAUUAUAUCUUACUGGUGAUAUUUCAAUAAACGAAGAUUUACCAUUGGAUGCCGAAAUGACAAUCGUUGUGAAUAAAACAUUAAACUAUGAUAACGAUCCAUAUAAUAUUACAUUGCCCUGUAUUGAUGGAACUUUUGGAUCAUGUACAUUGAAAGUUUGUGAUUCAUUCAAAACCUGGUACAAUGAUUUGUUUUGUCCAUUUUUUCAAAACAUUGGUCGACCUUGUAGCUGUCCAAUUCAGGCCGGUAGAGUUACAUUGAAUCAUGGCCGUGUAACUGUUCCUUUUGAACAAUUUAAAGGUUUUCUUGCACAAAUGGCAUCGGGUGAUUACAAUGCAAAAUUCAUCAUCAAUAAUCCAGGCCAUUUUGGACCUGGUGACAAUUUGCUUGCCUGUUUAAUGUUACAUGCACGAUUAGUGGAAAAACCAAACCAACAGCCAUGAAAAUUGAUUGAAAAAAAAACUUUUCGCUUUUGACAACAACGAAAAAAGAAAAAUUUUUUCAUAAAUAAAAACAA